GUGUGCUGCAGCAUCAGGUGGUGUUGGCGGUACGUCAGCAGUACGUGGCCAUCGGUGACGAGCUGGUUGCCCUUGGCGACGGAGACGAGGUUGCCGUGGUGCCGCCGCUGAGCGGGGGUUAAAGAUGGUGGAGCCGCCCAGAGACGUCUUGAAGCUGUGCCGUGAUUGGCUGUCUGUACAGGAAGUGGUGGACGCCGUCAGCAGCGCUUCCUGUGGAGCCACCUCAGUGUUUAUAGGUACGACCCGGGAGGACGUGCUGAACGGCAGGAAGGUGAUUGGUCUGGAGUACGAGGCGUACGAGCCCAUGGCCCAAUCAGAGUUCAGGAAGCUGUGUGAUGUCAUCAGAGAGCGCUGGCCCAGCGUGACGCACGUCUGCGUUCACCACCGGCUGGGGUGGGUGAAGGUGGGCGAGGCCAGCGUUGUCAUGGCGAUCUCGUCUCCUCAUCGCCAUGACGGCCAGCAGGCGAUGCAACAGGCGGUCGAACAGCUGAAGGCAAGGCUGCCCGUCUGGAAGAAGGAGGUGUACGACUCUCAGGAGGCGAGCUGGAAGGAGAACGCUGAGUGUCCGUGGGCCUCCAACCACAAACAAUAAAUAAUAAUGAAACUCUC